AUGUCUCAGUCUGCAUCCAGUCCUCAUGAUGGACAGGACUCAGCCGAUUCAAUCGCACAUGAGCCUCAUUCAACCGGAACAGCUUUACAAACUUCGCAUUCUUGGGCGCCUUGUCAUCCCCCGGAUGGUACUCAAGCUCCUCCGUACGAUAGCAGUCGGAUGGGAAGCGCCAGUGCAUCAAUGUGUCGUAAACAACGCAAUCUGAUGCUGGGCUGGACCGGAGGUUCAAAUGCUGACGGAGAUGUGAAUCUGUCUCGGGAUGGUCACCACCACGAGGUCAGUCGAGAUCCGAGUGAAUGGUCUCAACCGAUCGGACCAUAUCCAUCCCCGUGGAUGAUGAUGAUGAUGCCCCCAGUGUUGCCUCCACCGAAUCAGCCUGCACCACCAAUCCCUUACGGUCACUUUCGACCGCAAGACGCCGCCUACUAUUGGGAAGCAGUGAUGUAUCGUAGUUGGGUUCGACCGCGAUCCGGUUGGAAAUUCCCUCAGCCUGAGUCCGAUGCAACUGGAACCUCAAAUCGGGCUGGAAAUCAACCGGCUCAACAGGAUACCCCACUAUGGAAUGUGCGCACGCGACAUUCACUUGGCAAUACUGCCACCGCUGCUGGCACUCCGAGGACCCCGGGGGAUUUCAGAGAGACCAGUACUCAACGAGCCGGUCAGUGGGACUAUGCACGCGCAGCUCACAUGCUAAAGACUCUGAGAGAAUCCAGGGAGCACACAUUCAAUCGGAAUUCUGAAAGAACUGAGCAACAACAGCCGAUUGCUGCCCCGUUCCCACCAGUUCGCACGACCAGUCGAACAGUGGACAGUCAGACGCUGGAGGCGGAUAAAGCUAAACGAAAAUUGUCCUUAGAUGCCAAUCCGAGACCUCUCAGUCUCCCACAGGUAAGUCGUGAUUGA